AUGGAACCGGGAGAGAGGUCCAAGAAGAGGGUGCAACCGUGGAUCAAAGCCGCCGUGCACUUCUCAGGCCCGGCUCUGGAGCCGCCCUGUCACUUCUCCCUCUCCUUCACCGUCGGCGCGCUCGCCGCCAUUGCGCCGCUGGUCGUCACCGCCGCCCCGUCGGCUGCUAACAUCCGCGCCUCGCUUUUUAGCCUGUCCGGCAACGCUCAGCGAGUGGCUCCGGCUCCGCCGCCUCUCCCCGACAUCGGCCUCCUGCUGAUCGUCACCGUUACGAAGCCGGACGACGGCAUGGCGCAGGACGCGUCGCUGGUGAGGCUCGCGCACACGCUGCGUCACGUCGCGCCGCCGCUGCUCUGGAUCGUGGUCGGAGCGGAGAACAGGACGGCGACGGCGAGGGCGGUCCAGGUGCUGCGUGGCACCGGAGUCAUGUUCCGGCACCUCACCUACGAUGCCGGGAACUUCACCGACGCUGGCGGCGACGAGGCGGACCACCAGAGAAACGUGGUGCUGAGCCACAUCGAGCGGCACCGGCUGCACGGGGUCGUCCACUUCGCCGACUGUUCCGGCGUCUACGACCUGCGUUUCUUUCAAGAGCUCAGGCAAACACGAGGUUAUGCAGCAUGGUCAGUAGCAACAGUCUCACCAGCAGAGCAAAGGGUAACAGUAGAGGGACCAACCUGCAACUCGUCACAAAUCACAGGCUGGUACACACAGGCAAGCACUAAUGGAACACAAAGAACCGCCAUGAGUGCAGUAGGUACCAGUGCAAACAACAAAAAUUCCAGCUCUGAGCCUCCAAAAAUAAACAUCUCCGGAUUUGGGUUCAGGAGCUCAAUGCUGUGGGAUUCUGAAAGAUCACUCAUGAGGAGGAACGCGUCAGCAGGGGCUACUCAGAACUUCAUCCAGUUUGUACGACAGAUGGUGAGCGAAGAUGAAAACAAGCUCAAGGGCAUCCCUUCUGAUUGCUCCGAUUCUCAGAUAAUGUUGUGGAACCUUGACAUGCCGAGAUUCACUCCAAACAUUGAGGAGCGGGAGACUCGACGGCAGUAG